AUGCUGUGGAAUUGGAGGAUCCUCUUUUCGCACGUGUGCUGCGCCAGUUUCCUUCUCUUCUGGAUUAUACUGGGCACGGCGGUGGUGGACGUGAUGGGGUCCCAGCAAGGGAUUCCUCUCUCAGUGUGAGUGGAGGGUGUCAUAUCUUAACUUUUUAGUUACUCGUUACACCACCUAUUGUUGAGUUUUUCAGUUAGAUUUCCUGAAGUGUGUAAGCAGUAGACUUGUUAUAGUAAAAAUUAUAAACAAGCAAAAAACAUCAGCAUGUCAUAACAAUGUAACAACAACUGCAUAAUAAUAAUAAUAAUAUAAUAAUAAUAAAUAAUAUGCCAUUUAGCAGACGCUUUUAUCCAAAGCGACUUACAGUCAUGUGUGCAUACAUUUUUGUGUAUGGGUGGUCCCGGGGAUCGAACCCACUACCCUGGCGUUACAAGCGCCGUGCUCUACCAGCUGAGCUACUACUACUACUACUACUAAUAAUAAUAAUAAUAAUUCGUUUUUAUUAUUUAUUUAUUGCUGUUGGUGUCUAAUAAAUAAUUACAAAAAUAGACUUCUUUACCCUAACCCUAAGUUUAUUGCUAUAGAUGGAUCAUAUCUGGCAUAAUAAUAGUGUAAGAUCAACAAAUGAAUAAUAUAUCAAUGACAUUUACACACUAUUUAAAUGUACAGAUGUCUUUAUUUAAACAGAUUGUUGUCCUUCUUUUAAUCAAGAUGUCCUAAAUAACUACUAUACAAAACAUUACAAUAAAACCAUGUUCAUUUGUCGAUGUUAACCCAGAGUGCUGUACUUUGGUCUGCAUAGAGACACCACAGUCUACAAUGUACAGUUUAAGGCUUUAGGCAACAGCUUGUAUCGACUUUAGCCACAUAAACCAUCCAUUUAUAACACAUCAUAAACACCAAAUAAACAUUAAUAAACAGCUACAUUGAAUGAUAUUACUUAUCUACAAUGUAGGUCUAGCGUAUUUGACAUAUUGUUAAUGGACGCAAAUUCAACACACUUCAAAACAAUGUAUUUCUUAUAUGAGGGUCUUGUGGUUUUUUAAGAACAGGUGUAUCUUCAAGAAAAUAGUUUAUACUUACACCAGCCAUAUAACACACAUACAACUUCUAGAUAUCAAUGGAUCUAUGAUUUCAUGGUUAGAGAAUUGUUUAGACAUGUCUGGUGCAAUUUUUAUUUUCUCAUUAUCUGUACUGUACAUUAUUGAAAUGUGUGUGUAAUGUCACAUAAUCUCUUGUGUUCACCUGAACUGAUAUAAUAACAAUAUAGAAAUGUUCUGUUGGUUUCCAGGGUGAAGUUAUGGGCCUCAGCGUUUGGUGGAGAAAUUAAAUCAAUUUCUGCAAAAUACUCUGGAUCCCAGCUGCUGCAGAAGGUAUCUCUUUAUUUUCUUUCCUCAAUCUUAAUCUCAUUCCUGUACACACACACACACACACACACACACACACACACACACACACACACACUGUACGCUGUAAUGCUGCAUUUUCAUCUAAUGGCUGCUGACACAUUUCUGUGUCCCAGCUGAAUACUGAUGUGUUGUGUCAGAAAGGACUCAGGUGUGUGGAUCAGAGGCCCAUCUCUCUCUCUCUCUCUCUCUCUCUCUCUCUGUGUGUGUGUGUGUGUGUGUGUGUGUGUGUGUGUGUGUGUGUGUGUGUGUGUACUGGACACAUCCCAUUAACCACAGCACUGUUUCUUCUCUCAUCUCAUCUCCAGUGCACCCUCUGAAGUAAAGAGUUUCAACCCCAGGAUAUAAAUGCGACAAGGAGACAAAUUGAAUAAGAGUGUGUUGAGUGGGAUGGGCUGGGAUGCGUUGGAGGCAAUAGGUGGGGUGCAGAGAGAGAGGGGGGAGAAGAGAGAGAGAGAGAAAGAGAGAUGGGUUUUCAGAAAAAAGCCCCUAAGUGAAAGUAAAUGACCACUUGGUGGCAGACGUGUGCUCUCCAUUGUGUACAGAGGUUAUGGUUUGUACACUACAGCACCUGUCAUCCAAGUGGAAGCAAUUUACUGAACUGUCUGUUGGAUAGGGUUACAGAAUGAUGCUAUCUUUCCCAAAAUUCCCAGGUUUUCCAGAAAUCCCAGUUGGAAGAUUCCCAGAAUCAGAAGGGAAUAAGCAGAAAAUCGUGAAUCCUCCAGCCAGGAUUUCUGGAAUCUUGCAAACCUAAUGCUGAACCCAGAGCUCUGGCUGGAGUACUGUAAAAGUACAGAGUUAUCUUGGCAAUAUGGCCAUGUUUAUGGGCAUUUUGAAGUUUAAUGACUAUUUGUACUGUAGUGUACUCACUGGGCACUAAUGUGCAUACUUUAUGGGAAAGUCUGAGUUACGGAGACGGAAAAAAAUAAACAUUUGGCCCUAUGUGCUUACACCUGAAUGUAGACAGUCAUUUUAUUCCAACUGAUUUUAUGCUCAAUUUCAAUUGAGCUUGAAUUAAACACUGCAUUUUUUCUUUUUUUUUCUUUUUAUAUUAUUCCAGACAUGCAGCAGUUUGAAAUUAGUUUAAUUGAAAACCAGAGAUAGUCGAUGACCACAGAUAGAGGAAAACAUGGGUCAUAUUCAUUAGUGCACACCGUAAUAAACUGUAGCAAAAUGUUUUGCAACGAAAAACAUUUUGCAAUGAAAAUGAGAGUUUUAUAUUUGGACAAGUUCAGGUAGUCCCUCCCUGUUUCAGUCCGUUUUCUUCCGUUUGGUUUCUAGUGAAUACGACCCUGAUCUGUUACAUUCAUACAGUGCAUACUGUACUGUAUGUAAGUGGUGUGAUUGAGUGUGAACUCAGUGGUGAUGAGGAGAUAAAUAUCCCCAUCCAGCUCCAUUCAUCAGCCUCUCACUGUGUGAUAAGGAGGAGCUUAGCUCAUCACCAGGCUGCUGCUGCAAUACUCUAACAUCCAACACUGUAGCAGUGUGUGUGUGUGUGUGUGUGUGUGUGUGUGUGUGUGUGUGUGUGCGUAUGUAAGCACUUUCCUCAUGUUCCCGUUCACAGAAGCAUGACUGGUGUACAAUAUCUUUCAUCCAAUGAGCAGGCCUCUCCCACUCUGAGUGGCCAGUGUGGCGAGGUGGAGAGAGGGAGGCACGGCUGGAUGGUUUUAGGGCUGAUCAUUAAGGAUGAUCAUUAGGUGCUUUAUUAUGGGGAAUUAGUAGAUUUCCACACAGAGCUGAGCUGCUGUAUGGGCAACAGAACAGGAGUACGAAUACAGACAGGAGGUUGUGUGUGUGUGUGUGUGUGUGUGUGUGUGUGUGUGUGUGUGUGUCCUCCUUAGGCUUAUGUUCGGUCAGGCCUCAUCUACACAUCAGUCAUUACCUUAAUCAAUAAUCCUAAUCAGUUCUGUUGAUGGAUGGGGUUUAACCAAUCCCUGAUGACUGGGGAGGGCUGAGGAGGGGGGUGAGGAGGAGGGGAGGACAGGUGUGAAAUGAACUGUUCCGCGCCACUGCCGGCCCACACUCUUCCUUUCCCUGGGUAAUUUGUCGCCUCGUGCUGGAAUUUGUGUAUGUAUGUGUGUGUUCUGCUCAUGCAUUCUCAUUUCGAUGCUAAACCCACCACUGGUGUGCAUGGCCAAAGAGCUCUAUUUUCAUGUCAUCUGAUCAAAGCACCAGUUCCAAUCCAAGUGUCUAUGCCAUUUAGCAAACUCCAGGUGUUUACAUUUGUUGGAUGACAUGAAAAUAGAGCUCUUUGACCACGCACACCAGUGGUGGGUUUCACGUCAAAAUGAGAAUGCAUAAGCAGAAAAUAACCUUGUACCUACUGUAAAAUAUGGUGGUGGAUCUUUGAUGUUAUGGGGCUAUUUUGCUUCCACUGGUCCUGGGGCCCUUGUUAAGGGCAACGGCAUCAUGAACUUUACCCAGUGGCCAAAAACAUGGUUGCCUCUGCCAGGAGGCUGAAACUUGGCUGAAAGUGGAUCUUCCAUCAAGACAAUAACCCCAAGCACACAUCAAAAUCCACAAAUAAAUGGUUAAUUGGCCACAAAAUCAACAUUUUGCAAUGGCCAUUCUCAGUCUCCGGACUUGAAACCCAUUGAAAACCUGUGGCUUGAAUUGAAGAAGGCAGUCCAUAAACACAGACAAAGGAUAUUGAGGAUCUGGAAGGAUUCUGUAUGGAGGAAUGGUCUAAGAUCCCUCCCAUUGUGUUCUCCAACUCAGAUAGCCAGCAGAAUAUUGCAGAGUUCCCCGUCAUCCGUACUCCUGUUCUGUUGUCCCUGUAGUCUAAGCGGCUAGAGCCUUCACAAAUCAAAGCAAGUUUUAUUUGUCACAUGCUUCGUAAACAACAGGUGUAGACAAACAGUGAAAUGCUUACUUACAGGCCCUUCCCAACAAUACAGAUAGAAAAAUAAAAAAAUAAUAACUAGAGGAAUAAAUACACAAUGAGUAACAAUAACUCUGCUAUAUACACGGGCUACCAGUACCAUGUUGAUGUGCAGGGGUACGAGGUAAUUGAGGUAGAUAUGUACAUAUAGGUAGGGAUAAAGUGAUUAGGCAACAGGAUAGACAAUAAACAGUAACAGCAGCGCAACUGAUGAGUCAAAAUAGUGCAAAAAGGUCUUACGGCUUGGGGGUAGAAGCUGUUCAGGGUCCUGUUGGUUCCAGACAUGGUGCAUGGUGCAUCGGUACCACUUGCCGUGUGGUAGCAGAGAGAACAGUCUAUGACUUGGGUGGCUGGAGUCUUUGACAAUUUUUAGGGCCUUCCUUUAACCCCGCCUGGUAUAGAGGUUCUGUAUGGCAGGGAGCUCAGCCCCAGUGAUGUACUGGGCCGUAUGCACUACCCUCUGUAGCGCCUUUGCAGUCAGAUGCCAAGCAGUUGCCAUACCAAGCGGUGAUGCAGCCAGUCAAGAUGCUCUUAAUCGUGCAGCUGUAUAACUUUUUGAGGAUCUGAGGGCCCAUGCCAAAUCUUUUCAGCCUCCUGAGUGGGAAAAGGCGCUGUCGAGCCCUCUUCACAACUGUGUUGGUGUGUGUUGACCAUGAUAGUUUAUAGGUGAUGUGGACACAGAGGAACUUGAAGCUCUCGACCUUGCGCCACUACAGCCCUGUCGAUGAGGAUGGGGGCAUGCUCUGCCCUUCAUUUCCUGUCGUCCACAAUCAGCUCCUUUGUCUUGCUCACGUUGAGGGAGAGGUUGUUGUCCUGGCACCACACUGCCAAGUCUCUGACCUUCUCCCUGUAGGCUGUCUCAUCGUUGUCGGUGAUCAGGCCUAACACCGUUGUGUCCUCUUAAUGAUGGUGGUGGAGUCGUGCGUGGCCACACAGUCGUGGGUGAAUAGGGAGUACAGAAAGGGACUAAGCAUGCACCCCUGAGGGGCCCCCAUGUUGUGUGUCAGCAUGGCGGAUGUGUUGUUGCCUACCCUCACCACCUGGGGGCAGCCAGUCAGGAAGUCCAGGAUCCAGUUGCAGAGGGAGGUGUUUAAUCCCAGGGUCCUUAGCUUAGUGACGAGCUUGGAGGGCACUACGGUGUUCAACGCUGAGCAGUAUUCAAUCAACAGCAUUCUCACGUAGGUGUUCCUUUUGUCCAGGUGGGAAAGGGCAGUGUGGAAUGUAAUAGAGAUUGCGUCAUCUGUGGAUCCGUUGGGGCGGUAUGCGAAUUGGAGUGGGUCCAGGGUGUCCAGGAUGAUGGGGUUGAUGUGGGCCAUGACCAGCCUUUCAAAGAAUUUCAUGGCUACAGAUGUGAGUGCUACGGGGCGGUAGUCAUUUAGACAGGGUGGGUUUCACUAUGUAAUCCGUAAUAGUUUGCAAGCCCUGCCACAUCAGACGAGUGUCAGAGCCGGUGUAGUAGGAUUCAAUCUUGGACCUGUAUUGACGCUUUGCCUGUUUGAUGGUUCGCCGGAGGGCAUAGCAGGAUUUCUUAUAAGCAACCGGAUUAGGGUCCCGCUCCUUGAAAGCGGCAGCUCUAGCCUUUAUCCCAGUUCGGAUGUUGCCUGUAAUCCAUGGCUUCUGGUUUGGAUAUGUACGUACAGUCACUAUGGGGAUAUGGUAAACUCCGCAAUGCCAUCGGAUGAAUCCCGGAACAUAUUCCAGUCUGUGCUAGUGAAACAGUCUUUUAACUUAGCAUCCGCUUCAUCAGACCACUUCCAUAUUGAGUGUGUCACUCGUACGUCCUGUUUGAGUUUUUGCUUGUAAGCAGCAAUCAGGAGGAUAGAGUUAUGGUCAGAUUUGUCAAAUGGAGGGUGAUGGAGAGCUUUGUAUGCCUCUCUGUAUGUGGAGCAGAGGUGAUUUAGAGUUGUUUUGCCUCUAGUUGCACAGUAGAAAUGAGGGAAAACGGAUUUCAGUUUUCCUGCAUUAAAGUCACCGGCCACUAGGAGCGCCAUCUCUGGGUGAGCAUUUUCUUGUUUUCUUAAGGCCCUAUACAACUUGUUGAGUGCUGUCUUAGGGCCAGCAUCGGUUUGUGGUGGUAAAAAGACAGCUAUGAAAAAUAUAGAUUAAAACUCUCUUGGUAAAUAGUAUGGUCUACAGCUUAUCAUGAGGCAUUCUAACUCAGGCGAGCAGAACUUUAGGACUUCCUUAAUAUUAGAGAUCGCGCACCAGCUGUUGUUAACAAAGAGACACACACCCCCUCUCCUGAGCUUCCCUGAUGCUGCCGUUCUGUCCUGCCGAUGUAUAGAAAAACCAGCUAGAUUUAUAUUUACCAUGUCCUUGUUCAGCUAUGACUCGGAGAAACAUAAGAUAUUACAGUUCUUCAGAUCACGUUGAUAGGAUAGUCUCGAAUGGAGCUCAUCCAAUUUAUUCUCCAGUGAUUGCACGUUCACCAAUAGAACGGAGGGUAGAGGCGAUUUAUCCACUCUCUGAGUAGUCUCGUCAGGUAUCCCGCAGCGCCGUCUCCUCCUUCUUCGAGUUUCGGGGAUUUGGGCCUGGUCCAGGAUAAUCAAUGUCUUUCACCUCUGACUUAUUGAAGUAGAAGUCCUCGUCCAAAUCAAGGUUAGUGAUAGCUGUUCUGAUGUCCAGAAGCUCUUUUCAGUCAUAGGAAAUGAUGGCGGAAACAUUAUGUACAAAAAAAAGUUAAGAAUAGCGCAAACAAAUACACAAAAUAGCACAUUCCCUCCAGGGCCAUUCUCUCACACAGGAGGGUGACAGCUGCCAGUGAUCAUAGCAAUGAAAUAAACAAAGAUUAUUGACAUGCAAAAAAAAUGGGCUUUAACACCAUAUGUAUGCAUAAAAAUGUAUUUACAUGCAACAGAAAUGAUUAAACCAAAAAUGGAUUAGAAAACAAAUAUUUUUAAUUGUUAAACGUGACUCUGGGCAAGUUAGCUGGUCCUGCUGUUGGACGUACGUGCUGAAGUAUCACCACGCAGGCCACGUUUUCAACUGUGACUGGUCAACAACUACAGCACCGCUUGAAAAUAGAGCAGAAUUAUAUUUUCUACGCCUCGGUUUAGCGGCUUUCACUGGCACGAACACCGCCGACCCCUCCAUCUGGAUAGAAGUUCUCCCCCCACCUAGGCUUCAUUACAAAUUAAUGGGCCACCCAUGUCGCAUGCUGUCUGUUGGUGCCUUUAUCUUCAAGGUGAGGUAUUGAAAAGUAUUGACAACAGGGGUGUCAAUAAUUUCUUACCCCUACCUUUUUCAGAAAAACUAUUAUUACUUGUUAAACCAAAUCUCUCUCUAAGCAAUUGUAUUAGUAUAAAAUAAUAUAAUUUCCCUAUUUUUUUAGCAAACAAUAUCGCUCAGUAUUUGAGUACUUUUUUUUAGACAGUCAUUUUUGCUCAGCUUUAUCAGGGGGUCAAUAAUUGCGGGCCCCAGUGUGUGUGUGUGUGUGUGUGUGUGUGUGUGUGUGUGUGUGUGCGUGCGUGCAUGUGCGCAUGUGUGUGUGUGAGGGACAUGAGAGACAUGCAGAUUAUACUCUGAUUAUUAUUUUGUGUGACUGUGUGUGUUGUAAUUUUUUUAAAUGUCAUGUUCUAUUCUCUUUGUGUGUUCUGUUGGGCUUUGUUCUGUCCAUGCAGGUGCAGUGUAUCCUGCAGACUCAGCAUUAUGUGAAGUGUAGUUCAUUAUCCAGAAGCGCCCAAGCCUGACACGUUAUUAUCUUUCUCCCGUGCUUUGACUGCAUUUCAAUUACCCUCCAACCGUGCGUGGCCUUCACUUCCAGGCCCGCCCCCAGCCCACCCAGCAGCCAAUCAGAGCCAGAGCCACAGCUUGUCAGCCAAGAUAAAGCCUAUCAAUCAUUCAAUGAAACAGGAUACAUCUUAUCAGCCAAUCAUCUGAGGCUUGUCAGCCCUUCUCAGAGACAUGGGAGGGCGUGUUACACUGGACUCUCUGCUGGUUCCAGAGGUGCAGGGAUAUGAGAGCUGAUGGAUUUUUCUUCAUCGGAUGUGAAGUGUGUGUGUGUGUGUGUGGAAUAAACAGAUAGCACAAAGGUUCACCUUCUCUGUUACUAAAACACAGGGCUCAUUGGCUUAACCCACCUAAUAAAAGCCCAUUGACAUGAGAUGUAUAUUCGAAAUGUUCUUGUGAUCCUCUGUGACACACACACACUCUGAACCGUUUUAUCGCACACACUCACUCUGGACCGUUGUACCUACUGUUUACACCCUGUAUCAUGUGCACCAAUAGACUUUGAUUUGCUUUGAUUUAUGAUUUGUUUUUAAUUGUAACAUGUUCACAUUCUAUUGACAUUUUUAUCAGUGAAAUGUAUGAUAUAGUCUACAAGCCUCUCAGUGUUUAUAAUAUUAGUAUGUCAACUUUUCACAAACACCAGCUGUAUUAGAGAGUUAAAACAUAUAUUUUCUCUUUCAUUUACAGAAAUAUAAAGAAUUGGAAAAGUCUGUCCGAGUGGAAGAAAUUGAUGGCAUGAAAGUGGUCAAAAAUCUAUCGAAGAAGAUGGAGGAGAUGUUCCGGAUGAAAAAGGAGGCCAUUCGG